UUUAGUUAGGAUCCACAUUUAGCUGCUGCUGUUCUUACAAUGGUCCACAUAUCACAUCACUAAAACAGUUUUGAGAAAUUACAUAAAAACAAAAGAAGACAUGGAAGAAAACAUAACAUGUAGUUAAAUGUAGUAUUGUAGCCCUUCUUUGUUCAUCUCAGCGCCAGUAGACGAACACUCAGAUUCACUGAAUUUAUUCUGAGGAGAGAAAAUCAAGCUGGUGGCUAACAUCAAUCCAGCAGCUUCUGCCCAUUUACAGUAAUUAAAAUCCAGUAAAUAAACCUAAACAAACUACAGAGCAAUGGUGCCCAAUGAACAGUUAACAGUUGUAAAAUUAAACAGAGCUAAAAUGCAUAGCAUUAAUUAUGAUAACAGUCAAAACAUAGCAAAAAUACACACAAAACCCUGUGUGUAAUUAAAUAUAUCUAAAGUAUAUGUUAAAAUAUAAUACUGGUAAAGAAAACACAGAGCUGAUUCGAACCCAAACGGCAGUUACAGAAACUGUCAGUUACUGGUUGCUACGGUAACCGCCAACAGCAGCGUUAACAGAACUUAUGGAGCAAAAAAAUGUCAGGAUAAAAUAACUUUUUGACUAAACAAAAGUUAAUUUAAAGAAUACAUAAACACAUUUUGACAAUAUUGUUAAUUGAAAAGCUGUUAUAGAAUGACAUUCAAUUCACGUCAAGGAACUUACAUUGUCAGUAGCUGACUAAAAUAAAAUAAAAUAUUUGUCUGUUAACAUUUUUACUGCCAUUAAAUAUAACACACAUUGGCAUUAAAUUUCAGAUAAACCCCACAGCUGGUCAUUUGUGCCUCAGAAAUCAUUUUGUUUUCAUUUGGAUUCUUGAUUUUAUUUCCUGUUUUGUGUAGAUAUUAAAAUAAAUUGCAGUAGCUUUAAGGUGUGAUUGUCCUCAUGUCAUUCACUGGGGGGGGAAAGAGGUAGAAGUGGUGUGGAAAGUAUUUUCUGGGUCACCCCAGCAGGCGAUGAAUUGAAGAGUGGAGAGCUGUGAAGUUGCUGUUAUACCCCAAAGGAAGAUAUUUUUCCUGGACCAUAUGGGCCUCUAAAGAUAGAGAGGAGGAAAUUUAUCUUCCAAACAGCCAGCCCUAUUGUACCGCAGUGUUUUUCAUUCUCUCUUUUUAUUCCUGUAGUUCAUUAUCAGCAAAACUGCAGCAUAAGAACGUCAGAUGAAACUAUCAAGUCCAAAUCUGUAAAAAACAAAAGAAUUGUUUCAACUGCACGCUUUGUUAAAUCUCAUUAACUCAUAUUCAAUCAUCCGUGUAACCCAAGCAACUACACACAGGUAAACUCUCUGAGUCCUAAAGCAUUUCACUAAAUUAUUGUUUAAAAAACUGCAAUGAAUGCAUGAGACUUUGUUAGAAGAAGAAAAAUGAGCAUGUGCCUUUAAGAGCUCUAUGUCCCACUCUUCAUGUCUUUCUCUAAGCCUCAUGUGUUUGUUGGCAUCAGCUGUCCCCAGAGCUGAAGAGAGCAAGGACAUCUUUUCUUUCACGACUGUGGGAUUAGGAGAAGAAGUGGCUUUCUUACUCUGCAGGCUGUCAUCUCAGCUCCAAGAAGACAAAACAAAUUCGACAUCACGGUCAGGCGACCGAGAGAAGAUGAGGAUAAGUGAAAAGUUUGGAUUGCAAAGCAGAUUUUCUUUAAAUUUGCUGCUUUUAGACCUUGAGGAAAAUGGAUUAACAAGCCUGCAGAUGCAGAAGAAUCGUCUUAUUUAGUUUCCACCAUAAUGGAAGAUCAGUCUUCUUCACUGUCUUCUGGUGUCCAGCUUGCGUCUUGUCCUCCACAACCGGAGCAGGGCACCCGGCGGAGAAUCGGCCGCUCUGAGGAGAGAGCCCCUUUACCCAUUCCUGGCCUUGCUGCAGACGUCCUGCACAUGCGAGUGAAAGAAGGAAGCAAAAUUCGCAAUUUACUGCGGUUUGCAACCGCCCGCAUGCAGGGGGAAGGACAGGACAGCAGUGCAGCGGCAGUGAAACAGGUGGUCUUCACAGGCCUGGGCAGGGGCAUCACCAAGACCAUCACCUGCGUGGAAAUCCUGAAACGCAAAGUGGCAGGGCUGCAUCAGGUGUCCAAACUUUGCUACAUGACAGUUAAUGAGGUAUGGGAGAGCGCAACGCAGGAAGCAGCGACCACAACCAUGGAGAGGACGGUGCCCGCCAUCUGCAUCCUGCUCUCCAAAGACCCGCUGGAUCCCCAGGAGCUGGGCUACCAGCCUCCACAAACCUUCAGCGGUCCCACAGAGGAAGAGGAGCGACGAGGGGAUCUGCGAAGAACAGCUGGCAGGCCGAAUUCACUGCACACUGCCAAGAGGCUCAGUCUGGAUGAUUGGACCAGAUGUCCUCCUAAAACCUACAAAGUUUAGCUAAAAAGCCAGAAAAUGUGCAAUUACAUGUUCCUUCUUCGUAGUAAUGUUUGGCUGAAAAAAGCACUAUUGUUUUUUGUGAAGUAAUUUAUAGCGGUGCACCUAGUUCUAAUUUUGGGAGAUCGGUGAUUGGCCGAUACUUACAUGUGAAGCCGAUCUGAUCAACCAAGUUUGCUGUCCUUUUCUGGUCUGCUGUGACAGAGGUUUGACCCAACAGGUCAUGUCUGCAUGUUUGCAGUCAACAAUAGUCACUCCACUGUUACCAACUCGACAAGUUUCUUGCUAUA